CUGAACAAGAAAAAUAUGAGAUUGUUAAAGUAAAUGAUUGAUUUGACUUUAAUUUGGUUUUACAAUUUUAAACAAAUGAUCUUUGAGAUUACGGACUUCUGUUCUGAUAUCUUUCAAGUUUUAGAAGCGGUUUUAAGUGUGCAUCCUGUCAGAGAUGAAAUCAGGUGUUGCUCAACAGUUAAAACUGCCAUGCAUGUUGUACAACGGUUCUGCAAGGAGAUGCACGACUCAACUUCUAGCUGACUGAAAACGUCUGUCAAAGACCCAUCGCAGCACGGACCUGGCUGAGUGAGCACGGACACCUGUGGGGGGGAUUCCUAAACUUCUGACUGCACCUUCACCAAUACAAGAGGAACAACCAUGAGCAACAUUUACUAUGGCCCGAGUAACAGCUCGAUUGACAACUGCACUGAUGUGGACGAUCUGAUGAAGCGCUACUAUCUGCCCGUGUUUUACGGCGCGAUCUUCAUCGUAGGCGUGGUGGGCAACAUCACCGCUCUGCUGGUCUACAUCAUUAAAGUUCGUCCCUGGAAGAGCAGCACCAUCAUCAUGGUGAACCUUGUCAUUACCGACCUCCUCUUCAUGAUCCCCUUGCCCUUUCUGACCUACUUCUACAGCCAAAACGACUCGUGGACGCUGGGCAUCACUAUGUGUCGCUUCACGCACUUCAUCUUCCACUUCAACCUCUACGGCAGCAUCCUCUUCCUCACCUGUCUGGCCAUCUUUCGCUACGUGGCAAUCGUGCAUCCAAUGCAUGCACACAGCAUCAAGAAGAAGCGCUGGGGAACGCUGGCAUGCAUCCUGGGCUGGACUGUGGCGGUCGCAGAAAUAAGUCCGACUUUUAACAAAUUUGAUAUGAAGGAGAAGAACAACAAAACCUACUGCUUGGAUCUUGCGAGCAACAACCCAAAAUUCAUGUGGCCUUACAGUUGGGUGCUGACCGUGCUUGGAUAUCUGGUUCCUCUAGUCGUGGUCUGUCUUUGCUAUUGGCGCAUCAUUAAGGAGCUCAGGAAGGGUCCCCAUAAGGAAACCAGCAAACGGGUUAGAGCGAGGCGGCUCAUCGUGUUGAUUUUGACGUGCUUCAUUGUGUGCUUUUUCCCUUUUCAUGCACUACGAGCUUGGAGGAUCUACACAAAACUCACUCCGGAAACCAACUGCAUGCUGUACCACUGGGCUCACGCCGCCUAUAUCAUCUCGAGGCCGAUCGCUGCAGUCAACAUCAUUAUCAACCUGCCACUCUAUACGUUAUCAGGGGAUUGUUUCAAGCAGGCCUUCAUGGAAAUGUUCAGAUUUGAUCGGCUCAUGUCAGUGAUCAACAAACCCACGACCAACAUCUCAAAUGAUCAAAGCAGCUGAGACUAACACUGGUGUUUGAAAUGUACAGUAAACGAUGAUCUAUUGUUGGCUAUUGCUACAAAUAAACCUGUGCUGCUUAUGACUGCUUUUAUGCUCCAGGGUCACAAAUGUGCACUUUCUCUUUCACUUUCAUUUCAGAACCAACAAUUGGUCUAAAAUAAAUAGGCUUAAUGUAAACAAACAAAUAUGCAAAGGCAUGUUCCAUGUGCUCAAGUUAUUGCAUGUAAUGGUCUCUGUGUUUGUGCCAGUCUUAACUUGAUGAUGGUAUUAUGUUCCUUUGUCAUACAAGAUUGACAGCAAUAAAAGUGACUAAAAUUA